AUGGUGCUGCAGCAGGCGCCGUCGACCGCGUCCGUCUACGGCCUCCUCCGCGCCUCCUCGCCCGCCGCCGUCCUGGUCACCGUGACCGCUGCCGGGGAGACGGCCGGGUACACGGUCGCCGCCAACGUCACCCCCUCGGCCUGCGCCGCCGGCUGCGGCGAAGCCGGCUGCGGCAGGCUGUACCACUGGCGCGCAUUCCUCCGGCCGACGCCAGCGAACGCGACGGCGCACGUGGUGACGGCGCGUGCUGCCGAGGCCACCGCCCGGCUGACGGACGUCAGCUUUGGCGACGUCUUUCUCUGCGCGGGCCAGUCCAACAUGGAGAUGGGGCUCGGCGCGGCGUUUGGCCACGCGGCGCUGCUGCAGCGGACGGCCGAGAGGCCGAGCCGCAUCCGUGUGCUCUUCGACGGCGGGUACCACCGCACAGCCGGUGCACAGGAGCACACCUGCGCUUGGCGCCGCGAGCCCGGCCGGCCAGGGUACGGCGGAGAGGCGCGAUGGCUGCCGGCUCACCUGGCGGCGCUCGAAAACAGCAGCGCCGGCGGCGGGCAGCCGACGCUGCUGUCGGCGAGCGCGGUCUGCUACCACUUUGCGGAUGCGCUAUCGCGGCAGCUCAGACGCGACGGCGCCGAGCCGCCGCCGAUCGGUCUCAUCAGCGUUGCCUAUGGCGGCUCCGCCGUCGCGCAGUGGCUUCCUCCGGGCAGCGGCGAGCCCCAGUGCCGCUACGCGCUCGGCGGGGAGCUCGCCGGCGGCGGUAGCCUCUUCGCGAGCAACGUGGCGCCGCACGUCGCGACGGCGCUCAAGAGCGUGCUGUGGUACCAGGGCGAGUCCGACUGCCGCAAGCAGGCCCUCGGCGGCGACGCCGUCUCCGGGGUGGGCUACGGCUGUCGGCUCACUGCGCUCGUCCGCGGGUGGCGCUCGGCUUGGGCGGCGGCGGCGGGCGGGGGCGCAGGUGGGGCGGGUCUGCCGUUCGGAGUGGUGGGCCUCGGCUCGGAGGCUUGCAACGGCCCCGACGGCGGCUGGGAGCUCGGCGGGCUGAGGUCGGCCCAGGCGGGCGGCUUCGGCACGCUCCCGUCUCCGUUGCUGCCAAACACGUUCCUGGCGCACACCUACGACCUCCCCGAGCCGUACCCUGGCGCCGCCUGCCUCCGCUGGCGCUGCUGCGACCCGGCGGGCCAGCCGCCCCGCGCCACCGCCGCCCUGGCGGCCAAGGAGCGUUUCGACGAGCGCGCGUGCAACGACUCGCACGCCGCUUGGGUCAACAGCUGGGCAGGCGGCGGCGGCGUGUCCAGGGGUCGUGCGGCCGCUCCUGAGGCUGGCGGCGCGGCGGCGUGCCGCGCCGCUUGCGACAGCUUCUUUGAGGCGCCGCCGAUCGCAACCGUCUUGGGCGGCCUCCACCCGCGGGCCAAGCGGCAGGUUGGCGAGCGGCUCGCGGCGGCGGCGGCGGCGCACCUUUACGGCGGGAAGCGCGCCGCCGCGGGUCCGACCCUCUCCGGCUGCGCCGUCCGAGGCCGGAGGCUGGUGCUGCGCUUCAACUCCUCGCUGCUGAGGGGGGAGAGGGUCGCGCUUCGGCUGCGGCCGGGCGCGCUCUCGCCGCUGCAGGUGCUACUCAACGCGUCGCAGUUCUGCCUCCACCCACUCAUGCGCUGCCCCGCGGGCGCGGCCAGCUGCCCCGCCGCAAGCCGGGAGUGGUACUGCCCCGACCCGCUCUCGCACGGCGCGCUGCAAAGGCGGCGCGGCGCGAGCAGCGGCUUUGGAGCGCUGGCCGGUGCCCCUGGGCUCGCGAUGGCGCGUAGCUCCAACUGGCCUCGCCCUGCGUCGCCCUUCGACCCGGCGCACCAGGCAGGGGGGCCCGCCAGCUGGCUCUCGCUGCCCCUCACUUCGGCGAUCUCCGCGCACGAGGUCGCGGUCGAUCUCACGCCGCUGCGAGGGGCGCCGCCCGUCGCAGUGAGGUACCACUGGGGCGACCUCGCCGAGGGGGACCGCCGCGGAUGCUGCGACGACGGCGACCCGCGCCUCCGCGUCACGGUGCCGUGCGAGCCGGCGGCGUGCCCGCUCGUCGCCUCGGGGGGGCUGCCGGCCAGCCCCUUUCUGGCGUUGCUCUCUGCGGGGCGGUGCCGUUGCAUCCCGCCGCAGGUCUGCGACGAGGCCAUCGACGGGCGAGAUUUUCUACCUCGUACGUUGGUAUAGGAGUUAGUACGUGUGCGCUGGCGGAAAAGUAACUUAGACGAAUGCAUGUGCAGAGAGAAGAGUAGGCAGUACCAGUGUCUAGCUCGUCAAAAAUGGACCUCUGUCCUC